AAGUGUUGUCAAGAAACUAAAAAUCCCAAGUGACGAAGUGCCCUGUAGGCGUCUGUAUUGCUACGUUCCGUUGUUUCGCUCUUGCCCUUAGUGUUUCCCAAGAUGUCUGACAAGACUUCGUCUACGGUCGGUCUCAGAAGCUUCGAGACGAUCUCGGAGGAAGACAUUGCGUCGCCAUGGGACGAAUUGUUGGUGAAGGAGAAGAGUAUUCCUACGAUAAUAAAGACUGACGCGUCAUGCGAGACGAUCUGCAGGAAUGGGGAUGUGUCGUCUCACCCGAGGGUUAGUGAUUUGGAGGCGAACAAGCUGACGCGCUCGAAGAGCUUGAACCAGCGCAGGAACAGCAGUGGCCUCCUGAGCUCUAUCCCGAGGCAACUGAGGCUCUCCCUCCGUGGCGUCCGCAGUGAGCCAUCUAGCGUAAAAGACAUACCGACCACAAGAAACGAUAGUUCUUUCAAUCUACUUCUUAGAUACCGUUCACCAAGAUACGCAGCCAGACGCAUUAGAAAGCGCGUCAUCUUCAAGCACGGAGACUGCAACGUUGUGCAAUGGAACGUGGCGAAACGCAGGCGCCGAUACCUGCAGGACAUCUUCACGACUCUCGUGGACGCGCAGUGGCGCUGGACGUUACUCGUGUUUGCCCUCUCCUUCAUCCUAUCCUGGCUCCUCUUCGCCCUCAUCUGGUGGCUCAUCAUCUUCACCCAUGGAGACCUAAGCCCCCCCGAUAACCAAAAUAUCACUUUCAUCCCCUGUCUCAACAAUGUCAACACCUUCACCGGUUGCUUUCUUUUCUCCGUCGAAACACAACACACCAUCGGCUACGGCUCCAGAACCCCCAGCGAGGAAUGCCCCGAAGCCAUUUUUGUUAUGUGCAUACAAAGCAUUGUGGGUGUCUUUAUUCAAGCUUUCAUGGUGGGUCUUAUUUUCGCAAAGCUGGCUCGAGCCAAAAAGCGCAACACCACUCUCUUAUUCUCAAGGAACGCGGUGAUUUGUUUGAGGGACGGGGAAUACUGUCUACUCUUCCGUGUUGGAGAUAUUCGCAAGUCGCAUAUCCUUGAGGCCCAUGUUCGCGCCCAGCUUAUUCGGAAAAAGAUUACGCGUGAGGGCGAAUUGCUGCCGUUCUACCAACAAGAGCUGAAAGUGGGCGCCGACGGCGAGGAAGACCGCCUCAUGUUCAUCUGGCCCAUGACUAUCGUGCACAAGAUCAACGAGAAGUCACCAUUAUACAACCUGUCCGCCUCUGACAUGCUCCGUGAACGCUUUGAAAUUGUUGUCAUGUUGGAGGGUGUGAUCGAGUCCACUGGUAUGACGACGCAGGCCCGCAGCAGCUUCUUACCAUCUGAGAUACUCUGGGGUCACAGGUUCGAGACCAUGGUCACGUUCAGAAAAGAUACCGGUGAAUACGAGGUUGAUUACACAAGAUUUAACAACACAUAUGAAGUGGACACGCCACUUUGUUCCGCCAAACAGCUCGACGAGCUGCGAGCUACAGUUUCAACAUCCCAAAAAUUAGAUAAAAUCUUAGGCACCAUACCAAAGACGUUCUCCAAUGAGACGCUAGACCUCAGCUCCGUAGACUCGAUGUCUCUCGACGAACACAUCGAAAUCAAAAUACCAGAAGCAAGAGCGCGCGAGAAUCGUCUGAUGGCGCAAACGAAUUUCGUUCAAAACGUUAACGAGAGACCAAGAAACACGAGUCAGACUCAUUUAGCAGUGGAAAAUGGUCUAGAUAUACCAAGGAAUCAUUUGCUCGUAGAAACCAGAAACCCUGAAAUCAAAGUUGAUAGCAAAGAACCCCAUAUGCAUAGAAGUCACAGCCACGCCAGUAUGAAGAAAGUGCACGGCAUAGUUCCUAAUGGAAUCGCCCAUCCAACUAUCGCUCCUGAACAAAAAAAGAAAGAUGAGCAAAUCAAAAUCAACAAGUAAGUACUUUGAAAUACAAACCCAGAUACGUGGUGAUUUUGAAAGUCCCAAAAUUUUUUUGGAAGAUGAAAAAAACGCACAUGAAUCCUUUAGAAUUUCAUCAUGGUCAAUAAAAAUUAUGGAUACAAAAUAUACAUGAUUACUUAUUUAAAAAAAUAAUGAUCUUAAUACUUAAGGGUACAAUUCUCUUUAAAAACACGUAUUUUUCACAAAAAUUAUGUUCAAAAUCACCAUUCCUGUUUUCUUUAACAUGAUUAUUGACAAUACAUAUUCAUUUCAGUCUAUAUAAAAUAUAUACUCUUAAGAACAUCAGUAAAGUAAUUUAAACACUUAUCCCAUUAUAAGAGAAAGAGAAACUAUGUUUAGACUAGUUACGCAGUAUUUUGUCUUUGUUUACUGAAUUAAAAAAGUAAUUGAAGAGGUGUGAACAAAACACUGCGUUAAAUAUAACUUAGUAUGGAUCCAAACAAUAUAUUUUUGGUACUUUUAAUUGAAGUUUUUUGUGCCAGAAAGGACACCCUUCGGUAAACAGAAGAUGCGGCUUUUAAGUUAAAGUCUAAUUGAUUAAAUACCACCUGAAGCAGUCUAGCUGCAAAAAUCUUCAAUUUAGAGAUUUCAAUUAAAUAAGCAAUAUGGUUUUUGAUUGCAUAUAUGCCAGCAAUUUAAUUUACUAAAACUGUGUUUAGCUUACCUUAUUUGAAGUUAAGCAGCUAUAAAAAAUUGGGUCUACCUUGUUUUGCACAACUUUUAAUGACAAAAUAUUAUUAUGCGUAUCAGCUGAUGGCAUCAACUUCAUUUCGCAGAUAAUCAUUCGGCAUUCACUAAUUUAGCAGACUUUCAAACGCAAAAUUUUAAAUGCCAGAAUCAUCCUUAGGCAUAAAUAUAAUAUAUUUAAUAUGCAUAAAUUCAAUAUCAUUUGGCUGGCUUAAUUUAGGUCACAACACUAACCUAUCCUAACCCUCUAUUAUAAGAAAUAAACAUUAUGCUUAGUGAAAUUAUGCAGUUUUUUUGCCAAAGGUAAUUAAGCCAAAUAAAAUUCUGCGAGCUUAAAAGUAUGUCAUUAUGAGUUCGUACAUAAACAUUCGCUCAAUCAAAAAUUACAUAAUUUUUGAAGAAGUUAUGCCAAGUGCGUUAUGCCAAAUUCUGGAGCAACAAGAUUAUGCCAAAUUUUAAUAAUUACCCGUCAAAAAUAAUCUGAAUCUUCAGUAUUCGAGUGUUAAGUUAACAACGAAAAGAUAAUAAUAACUGUAAAAUAUUGCUAAUCAAAUAUUAUGUUGUUUAUUAUUAAAUUCUGAACUGAGUUGAAAAUCUUCCACCGAACCGUUAUCUUGUGUGUUUACAAAAAUACAUUGUUUAUCCCAAGAGAUGAUUAAUGUGUACAUACCUACUCAAUAUUUCAUAAUGAAAAGCCUCUAUAUUAUUGUUUUCUAGGAAUAUUUUAGAGAAGCUCGUGAUGCCGCUACUGAGUAAAGGGCCCCUUAAAUUCCCGCACUUUUCUCCAUUACACCAUUUGGCAUCAGGACGCUAUAAGGCAAUUGAUAAUGGUCUCCAAGCACCAAUCAUAUAGCGGAGAAGAAGCAAGUAAUACCCAUUCUUGUGACGUCAGCGGACUCCGAACCCGCUUGACGAAUACUGCGAGACCACAAUCCUACAACUGACAAGCCAGAGAGGGAAAGCAAGAUAACUGUACAGGGAGCUGAGAAGAACAUCAAUAAUAACAAUUUGCACGUCAGAUUUUACAUCAGUGAAAGCGUCGAAAAUUUUAAUGAGCUCGUUAUGAUAUGACUUGUCCAUUAAAUGAUAUACUUACUUACACAAACGUUGAUAUUGAGAGCUUUUAUCAAAUUAACACGUGUUUGUGUGAACUAGAAAACAUUGGAAGGGAGCGCCAUCUAGUGACAAAGGCGCAAAAUAACUGAAAAUAAUGCCAUUGUGUAAACUUACGCGAUUGAGUUUGAAAUCUUCCAUUCGAAUAGUACAAUUGGAGAGGUAUUGUAAAAUUUAAAGUAAUGGUUUACGAUUGAAAUUACUAUCAGCAAAUGUACAUAUUGAAAAUGACGGAAGUAAAUUACAACGGAUACACAAUCAAUAGAAGUUCAUAUAUACAGAUAAAAAUGUAAUUAUUUUAAUUAGUUUUUGCAAUAAGCUUGAAUAUAAUAGCUGCUUGCUGAUCGUAAAGUCAAUUGUUUGCGGGCAUAAAAAAAAUGUAUAUAAAAAUACAUUUGUAAAGUAACACAGACUGUUUCAGUAGGUACGUUAAAUAAAUUAUAGUUAAGUGCUUCAAAACGCAGUUUCGUAUACCAAAUUGUUAAUUAGGUCACGUUAUUUAUUCGUAAGUCUUAAAAAGACUCAAAAUUGUCAAAAUUAAGUAGUAAUAUUACCAUAUUUUUUAGAUACGAAUUAUUUUUAAAACGCCUCCCUCAUCGACUUAAAACGCACUUCCUUUUCCGACAAUUUAUUCUUUAAAUACUAUUUAGUACCACUACUUACCGAUAGAGGGCAGGGACUACCCACAAAUAUACUUAAAAAAAUAUACCAUCUUUUUCUUUGAAUUAUUGCUCUGUUCUAGAUAGGGUUGUAUUUAGUUUAAUAUAUAUUAAGCUAUUUUAAAAAUUGUGUUUACCUUUAAUGAAUGACGACAAACAGCUAAUCUAAAUAAAUCCAAAUGAGUACUUUUUCAGAUAAAAAAAUAUCGUGCCGCUAAGUUUUAGUACUUUUUCUUCACUACGAUUCUAGUUAAACUUCUUAUAAAUUUCCCUUAUAUAGGUACCCAUAAAUUACUUCUUGUAUUCCUGUGACCACUGCAUCUUGAAAUGCAUGUGAUUCAAAAUAUAUUUUAUUUAACUAUUUUUACACGAACAAUAAAAAUAAAAAAAUAAUGCGGCCUCUAUUUAAAUAUUUGACUAGGCGUUGACGCCUGGUUAAAUUUAUGUGGUAGCAAUUUGUUUUACUCAUAAAAAAAGAAAUAAUUAACAACAAUUCUACACAAUAAGCGCUUUUAGACGAUUUUUCCAUUUAGUAUGAAUUUGGCACUGCUCAAAUUAAGCCUGUUUUGCAUUCAGUAAUCGGUACAUUUUUAGUUCCCCUACAUAACUAGGUAUAAUUUAUACGUCUAAGGGCACAAAUAUUUUUGCAAUAAUAAAAUAUUUAAACCUUCCCAUUGAAUUUAAAUCCAGUUAAUGAAGUUAAACAAAUAUUAAAUUUAAUACUUAGUUGGAUUAAAUCCAUAAAUAUUGUUAUAAAUUAUUGAAACUACAUAUUCAAAAAGUGUUACUUGCUUUACUUACUUAAGGCCUUGUAAAUGUACUUAGUAGCUUAUAUCAAAAGUGCCUAAUGUAUACGGCGUGUUAAACUGUUAUAUUAUACAUCUUAGAUACUACAGGGUAUAACCAUCCAAUGCUUUACCUAUAUGUAUUUUUUUAAAUUUAUAUAUAUCUGCUUGGAUGUACUUAUCUUUCAUUUUUUUGUGUUUUUGAGAAUAUGUUGUAAUCAUCAAGAAUUUGACAAUUAUAGUGCUUCCAUUUCUUUAAGAAUCAUAAUAUAUCGGUGAUAGAAAUUACCUAUACCCUUAUGGUGCUUAUAUCUUACACUUAUUCUACUUGUUAUAAAACAACCGAAUUGUAUGUUAGCAUGAUUAUAUUUCACUAUAAAUAUGUACAACAAAAGGAUGUGAUAACCUAAAAAAUAAGUCAAAACAAAGUAUUAUUCGGCUUCCAAUAAGAGAUAGGCACUUUGUUAGGCUUAAGAUUACUAUAUUUUUAAAUAAAUUGAUACAAAUAUAUUAAGUGUUAGUCUUUCUAAUGCUUGUUAUAUUUACAAAAUAUUUUAAUAGGAAAAUAUUUAAUAUUUCAAAACGAACAUUUUCAGUCUGUGGAAUAAUAAUGUUUUUUCAAAUGUUGUUGUAUUCUAAAGUCUUAAGUGUUCAUUUUGCCAGGGGUCCUAAAAGCGGCGCGGGCGCUGCCAUACAGAAGCUUUGCCUGAUAGCUAGUACGAUAAUAAAUAUUAUCAAUUAGUAUGAAACAAGUCUUUUAUUGAUACACCCUCAAAUACACAACUAGAUUUGACUUUACUGAGAAAUAAAAUUGUUAAUUUACUUGUACCCUAAACUGUAGUUUUGCUACUCGUCAAGAGAUGGCACUUUUUCACUUAUCACCAAGAGUUUUUUUAUAAAUAUAUUCAUUCAUCAAAAUAUAAUAUAAAAAGCUUUUCACCCGUUUUCCAGGCGCUGUAAAACUAUUAAUUGGUGUCUAUCAUAACGCUUUAAAGAUUUUUAUCCAGCUCACAAGUACACAAAUGUAUAAGCAUGAACUUAAUCCGUAAUUUUCUUGGAAUUCCUCUUGUUUUCUUUGGCAUCGUCCUCACUGGACGACGAGGAGUGCUCCGGGCCAUUGAAAUAGUCAGGCGGGUACUUCACCACCGCAGGUCUGGUACCAAUGCUGGCCCUUCUGAUGGCGUCUACCACCAGCCUGUCUGAUAAACGAGCCAACGGAGAGCUCGUUGGUGAUUCACUAUUCACGGAGUCGCGAAGAAUAAUCGGAGAGUUGGGGCUGAUGAAUCCUGAAAAACCAUCAUGUUUGUUUUGAGGAUGUUUCUUAUCGUAAAUAGAACUAGCUAUCUGCCCCGAACUUGCACGGGUGAUUUAUUUCUAACGCGACAAAGAAAGCCUAUUCUACUCAGGGAUAUAUCAGCAUUGUAAAGGUGAAUGAAUGGUCCAGUAAUUUUUUUAUUUUAUUAAUUACAAAAUGCAAAAAUUUCC